GUGCAGUAAGUGAUGCAGUGAGUGAUGUUGAGAGGUGCAGUGAGUGAUGCAGUGAAUGAUAUUGAGCGGUGCAGUGAGUGAGUGAUGCAAUGAGUGAUGAGAGGUGCAGUGAGUGUUGUUGAGAGGUGCAGGAGUGAUGCAGGGAGUGAUGUUGAGCAGUGCAGUGAAUGAUGUUGAGAGGUGCAGUGAGUGAUGUUGAGCGGUGCAGUGAGUGAUGCAGUGAGUGAUGUUGAGAAGUGCAGUGAGUGAUGCAGUGAGUGAUGUUGAGCGGUGCAGUGAGUGAUGUUGAGAGGUGCAGUGAGUAAUGUAGUGUGUGGUGUUGAGUGAUGCAGUGAAGGACGUUAAGUGAUGCAGUAAAUUAUGUUGAGUGAUGCAGUGAGGGAUGUUAACUGAGUGAUGCAGUGAUACAGAGUGAUUCAGUAAAUGAUGAGUGAUGUUAAGUCUCAGCACUAAAACCGAUCUCUAUUUCACGUUCAUUUUCACACCAUGUAUUCACAUACAACAAAUCCAAUCCCCGUGUGUGUGAGAACACACACACACACACACACACACACACACACACACACACGGAUUAACGAGUAUUGGUAUUACUCCAGUGUAUUUUGUGUUAUGAGUAUUUGUAUGAACACAGUGUAUGCAGUGUGUUUAUGUUCACGGUGUUAAACCCGAAACUGUAGAAUAGUCUAGAACGCGCGUGCUGACUGGCUGAGGAGCGGAGAACUCGGUUUCCCGCGAUGCACUGCGGUUUCGAUUACGUGCUGCAGUCUACUCGGUGUGUGUCCGGGUCAGCAGCAUCGUCCCCGUGGGUUGUAAGUUUUUUUUCCUCUCCGGUUUACCGGACACUCUCUCUCUCUCUCUCUCAUAUACUUAUUUGAACUCGGGACUGUGGGAGACGCACGCGCGAUGAUGUUGUCCGCCGUGCCAAGGCGUUUACUCAUGCGCAGUUCACGCAGCUUGUCACCGUGUCGCGCGCUUUACACCGAGCCCCGCGAGUCCUCCGCGCCACGCCUCCAAGCGCGCGGGACACAAACAGCCACGGUGGGCAGUUCCGUAAACUUUGCGUCUCGCGCGUCCAGGAAGUGUCGGUCAGUGAGGGAGCGCGAGGACGCGUGUAACAGCACCAGGUACAGUCACCUUCACGCGCAGUACCAACAGCUUGCCGCCAGGUGGCGCACGAGCCUGGAUAGUCGGAGAAGCGCGUGGGCAGCGUACCAGGAGGAGGGGGCGGGGCAUGGCGGGGCGAACGGCGAGGGCGGGGCGUGGACUGGAGCGACUUCAGCUGGAGUCUUAUCUGCUGCCGCUGCCCUGGUCUUCUGUUUCACCAAAGACAAACACAACAGCGGUGAAGCUCUUCUGAACGCAGCCAGGUCCAACAACGCCGAGGAGGUGAAAAGGUUGCUGGCAGAUGGAGUUGAUCCAGACACUCGUCACCGUCUCGGCUGGACUGCACUCAUGGUUGCCUCCAUGAACAGACUGCAUAAUGUGGUGAAGGUUCUGUUGGAGUCCGGUGCUGAUCCGAACCUUGGAGACAACUUCAGUAAUGUUUAUGGAACCUCACGUGAUAAAGGCAUACACUCACUGGAGGUACUGGUGAUGAGGGAGGAUGAGUUCAGUAAUCGUCUCAGCAGUCGCGCCAGUUUCCGUGACUGCACAGCGCUUCAUUACGCCGUACUUGCUGAUGAUCUCUGCACUGUACGCAUGCUUCUGGAUGCAGGUGCGAACCCCCUGCAGGUGAAUGAUCUGGGACACACUCCUCUGUCCUACUCUAAGGAUGGAGAGAUACACACACUGCUAAAUGAGUAUGAGGGAAAGUUUGUAGAAGAACAGAAGAAGAAGGAGAUGGAUGAGAGAAGAAGGUUUCCCCUGGAACACACUAAAGAGCACAUCAUCGGCCAGGAGGGAGCCAUCACUACUGUCGCCUCAGCCAUCAGGAGGAAGGAGAAUGGAUGGUAUGAUGAAGAACAUCCACUGGUCUUCCUCUUCCUCGGUUCUUCAGGAAUUGGUAAAACGGAGUUGGCUAAGCAGGUGGCUCGUUACAUUCACAAAGACAUUAAAAAGGGUUUCAUUCGAAUGGACAUGUCUGAGUUCCAGGAGAAACACGAGGUCUCUAAGUUUAUAGGUUCUCCACCAGGUUAUGUGGGUCAUGAGGAAGGAGGUCAGCUCACAAAGCAGCUGAAACAGUGUCCGAAUGCAGUGGUUCUGUUUGAUGAGGUGGAGAAAGCACAUCCUGACGUUCUCACCAUCAUGUUGCAGCUCUUCGAUGAGGGACGUCUGACGGAUGGAAAAGGAAAAACUAUUGAAUGCAAGGAUGCCAUUUUCAUCAUGACCUCCAAUGUAGCGAGUGAUGAAAUUGCCCAGCAUGCACUGCAGCUCAGACAGGAAGCUCAGGAGCAGAGUCGUCACCGUCUCUCAGAAUGUCUAAAUAAAGUUCAGCGGAGUGAGAAGAUCACCAUCUCUAAGAAGUUUAAAGAGGAAGUGAUUCGGCCCAUCCUGAAGACGCAGUUCAGACGUGAUGAGUUUCUGGGACGCAUUAACGAGAUCGUUUACUUUCUGCCUUUCUGUCGCUCUGAACUCAUUCAGCUCGUCCAAAAGGAGCUCAACUACUGGGCCAGGUGUGCGAAGCAGAGACACGACAUUACGCUGCUGUGGGAUCGAGACGUACUGGAGCUGCUGACUCGGGGAUACAACGUCCACUACGGCGCUCGCUCCAUCAAACACGAGGUGGAACGUCAGGUGGUGAACCAAUUAGCUGCAGCAUAUGAGCAGGAGCUCCUCCCUAAAGGCUGCACGCUCCACCUCACUGUGGAUGGAGAACUGGAAGAUGAGGAAGAGGGAGAAACAAGUGCUUCUCUCCACCUCGAGCUCGUGGAAAAAGACAGAAAAACACGGAAACUGGAAAUCCGUCCCCCGAUAAACCCGGGGCAGGUGGCAUACGCACGCUAACGUCCUAUUAAACACUCUCUAAUGUCCUAUUAAACACCUGCUAACUUCCUGUUAAAGACUCGCUAACUUCCUGUUAAACCUUCACUAACAUUUUAUUAAUUCGCUCUGCUAACUUUGUUUCUCUUCUGAGUGGUUCUGCUGUAACAGCAUGGUUCCUGUUAAAGAGACGUUCUCCUGCUCCACUCGCCAACACACUGCGCUGCUCCUGAAAGGUCAGAGGUCAGGGUUUAGAAGGAAAAAGUGUUCCUGAAGAAGUUCUAUGUGACUGACAGAGCAGCCACUCAGACUGUAAUCAGAAAGUUGUGAGUCCAUGUUCCAAAGCACUGCUCUGGACACGAUCACGUCUCAAACCAUGGAGAAAACAGGUGUUCUGUAAGAAUAAAAUAUUGAUCUAAAAAUCA